UCUAGAAUUUGCAUUCAUAUUUUAGCAUUCGCCAAGCGAGCGUCGUGUUGAAAGAAAUCGCUCAUUUUGAUAGUGUAGAUAUGUGUGUACAAAAGUUGGGUGAUUGCUAGUUUUUACUUUGCGCGUUCUGUGCGAUGAUAUUCGUAAAUCACAUAUGAUUUAUUGGCAGUGCUAUUUGUUGUUAACAUUAUUUACCGUUAAAAUUCAUAUCCGCCCGCGUAAUUUCUGUGCGGUGUAUAAAAUAGUGAAACAAAUAGCAGAUAUCCGUUUUGAUUGAAGUGUGAUCUUUAGCGAAGUAGAAUUGAAACGCUCCUGUGCACCUGUACAAGAAAUGCCUUCUGUGGCGCCAGCAGCUUUUGUGUGUUCCCCGGGCACGCGUUCACUUUCGCUUGAAUGGUGUUCGUCAUUGCUGCUGAUCAUGUUAUUGACACUAUUCAGGGGAUCCGUGCGCUUCGUAAAUGGCGAAUACAUUCCACACUCACAUCAACACAACUUCACCUGCGUGGACUGGCAGCGUGCACCCGAGGCAGCUGUGGGUAAUUGCACACGUUACGGCCGUUUUGGUGCUUUACGUUGUUAUGGUGGCGUAAAUAAUUUACUCGCAUUGCCCGAACAAAAAGUGCACCGCUUGGAGGACAUCAUUUUCUGCGGCUGGCCCGAACGAACCUUCAAUCCCGUAACAGAUCUGCAGCUGUUUCCAAAAAUACGUUCACUCAUUAUCGAAUACAGUGAGAUGAGAGAGUUCGUGUUUGAUUUUCCAGAAAUGUUUUAUCUGCAGAGCAUAAACAUUUCUUGGACGAAUUUAUCGCAAAUAAAUGCGCGUACUUUCAAACGCGUCCACGCUUUACGCAUCGUCGAUUUGCGUUGGAAUAAGUUGGUACAGUUGGAUGGUCCGCUGCUGCUGCCGCGUUACUUCGAGAAGCUCUACUUAGCUGGGAAUCCAUGGAACUGUACGCGGAAUUUCAAGUGGUUACUGAUACCCGAGAAGGGGGCUAUGGUUGUGGAUCGUGAUGAGAUCAUUUGUCAGGAUAAGAAGUAUAAGGAGCGGCAUAUGAUGACAGUGAUGAAUUAUAAAGUGAUGCUCCGCACAGAAUGUCAAACACACGAGGACCUACAGAAUUGCACCUGCACAAUGCAUCAUAUCAUACCGAAGACAUACAUACCGCUCUACACAAUCAACUGUAGUAAUCUACAAUUCCGAGCAAUGCCCAAUUAUAUACCGGCAAACACAACAACAGUUUAUCUAAAUGACAAUGAGAUUACGGACGUGCUACCACUCCGUAACAACCCCCAUUAUCGUCACGUGGUGGACAUAUAUCUGGACAACAAUCGCAUUGAGUCUAUCGAUGUACUGGAAGGUGGUUAUUGGUUUGAGCACUUUCGUUUGCUGAGUUUACGUGGAAAUCAUUUGCAAAAGGUACCUGUGUAUGCGCUUGACAACGCACUGGACGAUAAUAUCGAUGCGAAUCUCCUGCUACUCAGCGGCAAUCCCUGGCAGUGCACUUGUAUUUUCACAAUGCGUUUCCGUGAGAUUUUAAUGAAAUAUAAUGAAAUCACACGCGAUGCUACGAACAUCACUUGCACAUACAAACAUAGCAACCCUGUGCGUCGCGCCAACGUGCUAAUGCUAACACGUGAGGAUGUCUGCAAGCCGGAGGAGGAACCGAAAAUAUAUCCGCUGGAUAUGUUGAAUAUUGUGUUGGCGCUGCUGAUAGUGUUGAUUCUCAGUAAAUUGGCUUACGAUUAUUAUCACUAUAAGUAUUAUGGGCGUGUACCGUGGAUUGUUAUGAAGUUGCCAUAAAUCUCUUGUAUAUACACAUGUACAUAUAUACGUGUAAGUAGUUUGAGGGGGUCAAAAGUAUUCCUGGGAAACGAAACGGAAAUCUCUUAUUUGUGAUUAAACGCUAAGCAGUGUACUUAAUUAGGUUAGGUUAGGUUAAGUUAGAUAAGAAUGUGGUUUAACUGUACUUAAAAAUAAAAAUAAAAACUUAAAGUAAAUAUUCUCAGAAAUAUUCGAAGCAUAGCCUAAAAAAGCAUAAAAAAUA